AUCACCAUGGCUGCAGUGGAUCGCUUCUUCCUCUUGUACAGAGAGAUCAGUCGUUCGUGCAGUUUUUACGUAGAGGCCCUGGCUAUAAUUGGCGCUUGGUACACAGUCAGAAAGUGUGUGUCGCUUGCGUUUGGCACCUAUGGCAUGCUGAGGUUGCAUGUAAUUCCAAAGCUGGGAGGCGAGAUCGAUAUUGUCAAGCGGUAUGGAAAAUGGGCCGUGGUCACUGGUAGCACCGAUGGUAUCGGGAAGGCGUAUGCUGAAGAACUGGCAAAACGUGGUGUCAACAUCAUCUUAAUUAGCCGAAACAAGGAGAAGCUGGAGGCUGUAUCUAGAAGCAUAUCUGAAACCUAUAAAGUGGAAACAGAUUUCAUAGUUGCGGACUUCAGCAAGGGGCGUGAGCCUUACCCAGCCAUUAAGGAGGCUCUGAAAGACAGAGAAAUUGGCAUUUUGGUGAAUAAUGUAGGAAUGUUUUAUCCCUACCCGGACUAUUUUACCAACUUGUCUGACGAUAUGCUGUGGGAAAUGAUCAACAUAAAUAUUGUUUCUGCUAACAUGAUGAUACAUAUUGUACUGCCAGGCAUGGUAGAGAAGAAGAAAGGAGCAAUUGUGAAUAUUUCUUCUGCGUCCUGUUGCCAGCCGACACCAAUGUUCACAAUCUAUGGAGCCUCUAAAGUAAGUUGGGGUGUAAUAUUUAAUG